GCACGACAGUCGCGCGACACGCGGCGCACCGUACGCACGGGUUUCGCGUUGCGUGUGUUUACCUUUUCCUCACGCUCGCUGGCCCUUAGAACAACAAGACAGGCCUCGGAGAAACCGAAGAAAUUACGUAGUCCUUUGAAGAUACAUUUUGACAGCUGUUAUCUGGAGUACCAUCAGCUAUUUGAGUUUAUUUUCUACCAAUGGACAUUCAUGAAAGUUAAUGAAACUGAGAAUACAACACUAAGGAAUGAAAAAAUCAUCCGGAAAGGAUCAAAAAGAGUUUCAAAAAGUAAAAAUCAUCAAACAGAAGAGAAAAGAAAUUUUUUUGUUGAUUGAAGUUUCCCUUUGAAUUAAAAAAUUGAAAAGCAGUAUGAGGAAAAGGAAAUGAAUAAAAAAAUCGGAUAAAACUUUAGUCAUUUUUUUAAUGAUUGUCAAGUAGCUUAAAGAAUAAGUUUUUUUGCUCCAAAAUUUUUUUAAGUCGAAACUUUACUAUCAAGUAAAUUUUAUCCUGCAAAUGUAGGUUUCAGGUGUGAAUAAAGAUUAUCAGAUAAAAAAUAAAAACAACGCCCUCUCACUGAGUUGCAUUCAAGACAAAACGAAGAAGGAAACGGGAAAGACUCGUUGGCGUUUUAGCAAAAAACUUCCAAAGGAAUUACCUCGUUUUCGCUUGUAUAUCUGAGAUUCAAGUAGGUACUGGAGACGUCUCGAUGUACCGCAAUUAAACGGCUACUCGCAGUUCAGAGUGUGACUAAUCUGCUUGAAGACUCGAUAAAAAACGGGGGAGAAUAAAAAGGAAGUAAUAAAAAAAGAAUAAUCAAAGAGAGGAACGAGGCUGAAGAAUAUAAAAGGAAUGCCAGUAGGGAUUCUCGAAAUUCCUUGGAGUUCCGGUCGUUUGAGGUGGACAUCCGAGUAACUCGUAAACGAUCAAUGUCCUUUCUCACAUCCUGAACAUUAUGCUGAUUAUUCGACUACUGCGACAAAGGUAGUUUAUACGGAUGAGCGCACGGAGGCUUUACCGUUCGCCGAUUUAAACCGUCGGCGAAUGGAAGCCUCGCUUUGGGAAAGCCCAUUGACGGAAAGUUUGAGGCUAAGAAACAGCUACCGCAAAGUUGGUUAAAAAAUACGUCAAAAGGAAAAAAGGAUCAAAGUGGAUACAGACUAGUAUUCAAAAGCUGAUGCCUAAGACAAUACGUAACAUAACAAUAACAACGAGUAUAUCCUACGGAAGUGUAUGCUCGUAAGCUUCAUGUCUUUCAUCAUCAUAAAACGAUUCAGCAUUUAUUCCAGUCUUUUCUGUUAAGAGAAAGACACGGUCAGUGUCACUUGAAUCGUUGCGCUGGUAGCAUACGCCUACGAUUAUUUUUUCAACGUGGAUGAUAAAUGAUUAUUUGUUUAAUCCUUUAUUGUAUUGAAUUAACUUUUCCAUUACCAAUAUUGUGCCUUUGGAUCUACCGAUAUUAUCCAAAAGUUGCCAUAAAAUUUGAAGAUCUUCUGUUUAUUGCAAAAAAAAAUUAAGAAUAACAGGAUAUGAAAUCAAGAUUAAACGAAACUGUAGGAUUUGGUUAAUUUUUAUGAACACAAACUUGGAAGUUUAUAUCUGUUAUAUGUGCUAAAAGACCAGUGUAUAGUGAAGUUUUUAUUCGAUCAACAAAAAAAAAUCUUAAUGAUUUUAAAGUGAUAAAGUCUCUGGAUUAGUGACUAGUGUAUGUGUUAAUGUGCAGAUAAAUAAUACGAAGAUGAUCUUCUACGUUAUAUUGCUGACUUUUUUUACGAACUUAGAUGCUGCUAAGCCACAUUCAUUGAUUUAUGCUGAUGAUAAGGUGCAAAAUUAUCUAAUGAGGUUUGGAUAUCUACCAGAAACUGAUUCAGAAACGGGAAACCUUAGAACUGAUGAUCAGCUACGAGAAGCUAUAAGAAAUCUUCAGAGUUAUGGUGGUAUACCAGUCACAGGAGAGAUUGAUGAGGCUACGCAAAAGCUGAUGAAGGCCCGGCGCUGUGGUCUGUCUGACAAACCCGACCCACGCUAUAAAAGAUCAAGACAUAAGAGGUUUACAAUUCACGGACAACCUUGGCCAUAUAAGAAUCUCACCUGGAGCCUAAGAACUACCCAACCAAGUGGUUUGGAUACGUAUGGAGUACGACAGGAGUUGAGUCGGGCUUUGGAUCUUUGGGCAAGGAAUUCGAAACUCACCUUUCAGGAAGUUAAUAGUGAUCGUGCAGAUAUCCUUAUCUACUUUCACAGGGGAUAUCAUGGAGAUGGAUAUCCUUUUGAUGGAAGAGGACAAAUAUUAGCUCAUGCAUUUUUUCCUGGUCGUGAUCGAGGAGGCGAUGCACAUUUUGAUGAGGAAGAGAUUUGGUUACUUCAGAAUGAUAGCAAUGAAGAAGGAACAAGUCUGUUUGCGGUGGCAGCUCACGAGUUUGGGCAUUCACUUGGUCUGGCUCACAGUUCGGUACGAGGUGCUCUGAUGUACCCAUGGUACCAAGGAAUUUCUCAAAAUUAUGAGCUUCCGGAGGACGAUAGAAAUGGGAUUCAGCAGAUGUACGGUGCACCUGAAGAAAAAUUAUGGGGAAAUUUACCAGGUGGUUUGUCUCCAUUUCCACCAAUUUAUACAAGACCUACAACUACUACCACAACUACUACGACAUCGAGACCACGACCAACUAGAAAACCCUGGAGAACGCGACCGACAAGACCAAAUACUUAUCCAGAUGAGCGAGAACGACAAGGAUACAGACCUCAGGGCCAUUAUCCCUACAAGCCAGAUUACAGAACUGAAAUGCCUGAGAGACCUGUUUGGCCAGAACGACCAAGGAAGCCCCAUCGCCAUCAUCCAACUACCACUACAACAAUUAUUCCACCAACUCAGAGACCGAGAUAUCGGUGGACCCCAAGACCUAAGGACAAUGCUCCUGAUAAGUGUGACACGACCUAUGAUGCCAUUAGUAUCAUCAGAAGAGAAGUGUUUAUUUUUAAGGGCCGAUAUCUUUGGAGGAUAGGAGAUAAUGGUCUAUAUGAAGGGUAUCCUGCCGAAAUAACACGACUUUUCAAUCUUCCGGAAGAUAUUGAUCACGUUGAUGCUGUGUACGAGCGACUAGACAAGAAGAUCGUAUUCUUCAUAGGGAAGAAUUACUAUGUGUUCAAUGCACAUAAGCUGGAACCUGGCUAUCCAAAGGAACUGAGAACCUUGGGAUUACCAGCUAGUCUUGAGAAGAUUGAUGGAGCUAUGGUCUGGGGUCAUAAUAGCAAAACUUACUUUUUCAGUGGUACCAUGUACUGGAGGUUUGACGAGAUGGUUAAUUUUGUGGAAUUGGAUUACCCCAGAGACAUGAGCAUGUUUGCAGGAGUUGGAUAUAAUAUAGAUGCAGUUUUUCAAUGGAAAAAUGGCAAAACAUAUUUUUUCAAAGGAAAAGGAUUUUGGGAGUUUGACGAUCUUAGAAUGAGGGUAGCACACGAAAAACCAAGACCUUCUGCUCAAUUUUGGAUGAAUUGCCCACCUGAAAUAGAGACUAAUGAUGUAGAUUUACCGUCGAAACGAGCGAAAAUUGUCGAAAGUGCUGCUAGCAUGCCAAUAGUUCCGUCACCUCUUGUAAUUUCUCUGCUUGUUGCUUUACUAGCAGUGAGAAUUACUUAGAUCAUUAAGCUACAGGAUUAUGUCCGUAAAUUGAAAAGACAAUCAACGAUUCUAUUCGUUGAAAAAGAUAAAUGCAAAGGAUUUUCUCCUCUUUUGUGCCUUGUUUCAACAUAAUAGAAAUGCAGUAGAACACUAAAAAAAUUUUUAAUUGAAACCAUUUAUUCAUUCAAAGUCUUGUCACUGCCAAAGUGCAAUUUAAAAUGUAAAACAGAUGAAAGUAAAUUUAAAACGAGUUAUUGAAAAAAUGUUUAUAAAAACAGAUUGAAUAAUGUUUUUUAAUAGGAAUAUAGGA